AUGGCCGAUUCUUCUCCUGUCGCCAACGGCAACUCUCUUCUUCAGACCACCAAGACCAACGCCGCUGCUGCGUACCAAUCAGUUGCCAACGGCCCCGUUGCUCAAAAUGUCUAUGGCCACACUAAGAAGGCUUCCACAGAGCUCUCCAACCUUGCCGCUUCUCGACGCACUCCUGCGAAUCCCGCUGCUACGGGCCAACCUCUUACUCACUACCACUCAUUCUUUUCUGAGCUCUUGUCAUGGAACAACCCUCGCGCAUCUGCUAUCGCUUACGCCACUAUCGUCUCUGCCAUCUUUGCUGCACGAUACCUAGAUGUCCUCCGAUGGGGUCUGAAGACAUCCUGGAUGGUCCUUGGUGUGACCAUUCUCGCUGAGGUUCUUGGCAAGGUUAUUCUCAACAAUGGUCUGGCUACUCAGGUUCGCCCUCGACGAUACUACACAGUUCCCCGUGAGACUUUGGACGCCGUUAUUGGCGACGUUCAUGAGCUCAUCAACUUUUUCGUCAUUGAGGCUCAGCGAAUUAUCUUUGCCGAGAACGUUGCUGCGUCCGCUGCUGCUUUCGUCGCUGCUUUCAUCUCUUACUACCUUGUAAAGCUCGUUCCCGUCUGGGGUCUUACCCUCAUUGGUACCACUGUUGCCUUUGUUGUGCCUUUGAUCUACACUUCCAACCAGGAGCUCAUCGACGAGCAACUCCACCACGCUUCCGAGCUCAUCAACAACCAGACUGCCCAGAUCCAGAGCGUUGCUUCUAAGCAGAUGGAGCAAGUUUCCAACAUCAGCAAGCAAUACGUUGGCGAUUACAGCGGCAAAGUCCAGGAUCUCCUCCAAGGCAAGACUCCUUCUCGCCAGAAGAUCGACAUGCCUCAGAACUCCAACUCUGCUCUCCCUGCCAAGCAGCCUCAGUUUCCCUCUCCUCCUACUGACGAGCCCAUUGCGUCUGCCAACCCUCCCCAAAUUCCCACUCCCGCCGCUUUGAGAGAGGAGAUUAAUGAGCCCACUGCUAUUGGCACUGCGGCCCCUGAGGUUCCUCUGGAGAAUGUUGUCCCCGCCAAGGAGCCCAUGCUUGCUUCUUAAACGAUGGAAGUAGUGCACUUACCAUAUGAACUUGAGCUGAGAAAGGGCAUAGAUUGCCUGGGCAAUAAAUGUGUUUUACGGCAUUUUGGGGCGCACGUCUUUCCUUAAAUCGGGAGCAAAGGAUUUUCAGAUUGGACCUGGGCGUGAAUCGGUUUUUCUUUGGGAGCAUUGCUCAGCACACAAUACAAACGACUCUAGUUGACGUUGAUGAAGGUGGUUAAAAUAUGGAUGGACCGGACAGAUGCUCGUUUCUUGGAGAGGGUCUCAAGGUAGACCCUUGAUUAAUGCGUCGGCGGAUGGAUUCUAGCAUUUGGUCUGCAGCUUGCUUUUGUGCGUUUGUGUCUCGAUGAUAGGUGUUUAGGAUCAUUACUGUGCAGCUUGCUGAAAGGAGGUGCCACUAGUACUCUGC